AAAAUUCCUAUAUUUUACAAGUUUACUUUAAAUAAUGUUUUACCACAUUUCUCUGGAACACGAAAUACUUUUGCAUCCAAGAUAUUUUGGACCUAACCUUCUGGAAACAGUAAAACAAAAGCUCUUUACGGAAGUUGAAGGAACAUGCACAGGAAAACAUGGGUUUGUGAUUGCUGUCACUACCAUUGACAAUAUUGGAGAUGGUUUAAUACAACCAGGAAGAGGAUUUGUUUUGUAUCCAAUAAAAUACAAAGCAAUUGUUUUUCGGCCGUUUAAAGGAGAAGUUGUUGAUGCUGUUGUUACUCAAGUAAAUAAAGUUGGACUCUUUACAGAAAUCGGCCCCAUGUCAUGUUUUAUAUCCAGACACUCCAUACCUGCUGAUAUGAAAUUUGACCCUGAAUCUCAUCCACCGUGUUAUAAAACAGAUGAUGAAGAUGUGGUUAUUCAACAAGAUGAUGAAAUAAGACUUAAAAUUGUUGGAACACGGGUUGAUGCAAAUGAUAUUUUUGCCAUUGGUUCCCUAAUGGAUGAUUAUUUGGGAUUGAUCAGUUAGAUUAAGCUGUUAUAUACAGAAUAUCUCACAAAGCUGCCAAUUUAGUUCUUACGGUAUAACCACUCAAAUAUUUAGUCCUUGCUGGUAAAAACUACUAGUAUUCUGUGACAUUAACUGAUCUUAUAUCAUCAUUUCACUAUAAAAAACACCAUAAAAUUUUGAAAUCUAAAAUGAUCACGAAAAAUACAUGAAUUUUAUUUAAACAAUGUUUUAUUAU